AUGAUAGAUGAGCUAAAUCUUGCCAGCUUCCUUCUCGAUAGUGCUCUUGAAAGAUACUUGAAGGCUUGCUCGAACGUUCGGGAUUAUUACCUGAAAUGUGAAUCAUUUAGUGCAGUACCAAGCGUACUUUCACAGCGUGUAGCCUCCGAAGCCUCGAUAGUCAGUGGGCUCGGACACAAAUUGCAAGCGGCCAGAGCGACGAUAAACUGGGCAAGAAACUGCUCAAACCAUCUGGUGCCUGUGAACGCACUUCCUCCGGAGUUACUCUCCAACAUCUUUCAAUAUGCUCUUGGCCCGGACAAUAUAGGGAAUAUGCAUCGUCACCCGCGUCUGAAUCGAGCCAAUAAUACCCGAAAUACAAUUUCUUCCGAGGUACUUUCUCAUGUCUGCACUUAUUGGCGCAAAGUAGCCCUCAGUUCGCCCCAUCUCUGGACGCGAAUCGAUUUAUCGCCUUGUCGAGCGGUUAGCGCUAGUCUUCUUCCUCGCUCUGAAAGCUUUGCCGUACGGGCAGGUGGUAUGCCAUUGGAUAUCUACAUUACUGAUCCUAUUGGUGAUUGGCCCUCUAGCGCUUCUUUGGACCAUUUUGUCAAAGCUGUUGCACCGCACAUACGAUCCUUGGACCUACGAAUCUACCAAACCAUCCGAACAGAUACAUAUCGCAAUACCCUUUCUGCUUGUUUAACAUACUGUGUUCCAGGAACUUUUACCACGUUGACUACUACACGGGAGCCCGAUAGUCUUGCUUCUACUUUUGUAUUCUUCGAUAUGCCUGAUUCGGACAUGCCCGAGCAUGGUGUGGGAUUUUACCAGCAGAUGUAUACGGUUGCCAGCGAAGCGGUCCUGCUUUCCAUCAAGAAAAUGUGCUUGCAUGCAUUCUAUCCUUUCUGGACAAGCAAGGCGUAUUAUGGACUUGUUGAACUUCGUCUCACCCCACGUACAUCAGCGGUCAGCAUCUCCGAAUUCCACCUUAGGGGAAUCCUACAGGCCAGCCCUGAUCUACGUGUUCUUGAAUUCGCCCUCGAAAUUGUCCAUUCAGUUCCCGAAGGUUCGCUUGCGCCCAUCCGGCUCAACUACUUAGAGGUCCUAAAUCUUCGCUUGAUGAAGCAUAUAUUCGUUCCAGCAUUUCUUGGAAUGAUCGCUCCCGGGUCGUGCCCGCUCCAGCUUUCUCUCUCCAGUGCACCUAACGAAGACAUACCCCGUUUGCCACUACAAACAUCGAGUGCUAUUUAUGUCUUCUUUGCGCAUACAAAUGUAGCGCUGCUUCACGCGAAUGACUUCGAUAAAGACGAACUUGUUGGUAUUCUCAAGCUAUGCCCAGGCCUUCAGACUCUCUCCUGGGACGGAUAUAACGCUUCGUCUGAACCAGAAUCGGAUGAAUUGAUUUCUCAUUCAAAGUUACAAAACUUGUAUAUGGUACAAUGCGAGGUGGAGCUCGAUGUGUUUCCCCGCUGGAUCGACCUACCAGCUCUCGAGAACCUGAUAUUUUAUCGUUGCGCCUUCUAUCAAGACGGCGAAUCCGAAGACCGCAUAGACGAGAGAGACGUCAACAUCAACUUGCGAGGCGUUGAGCCCGCUAUCAGUUUCAUUGGGUUCAAUAUGCCGAGUCCUAUCGAGGAAUGGGAGCUCUUUGACUCUGAUUCAUAA